AAAAAAGGACAAAUUUAUUUUAAUUUAUUUCUGAUUUUUUUUUUUAAAUUUUUCAAAUCAAAAAUCGAAAUAAAGUAUAUAUAACAAAACAAACAAAAAAAAUUAAAUACAAAAUGUUGCUAAACAUUAUAAUUUGUACAACAAAUAAAUUAUUUAUAAAUUUUAAAUUAUUACCGAUUAUAUUUUUUUAUAUGAUAUUUUUAUUAUUGGCCGCCUUUACUAAUGGUGAACAAAUACAGGAUCAUUUAGUUGAAUGUUGUGCAUUAGGUACAACAAGAGCACAAGAUUGUCAAAAUACUGAUAAUGUUAUGAAUAAUAUACCGCCAGUAUGGCGUGGUUUAUGUUUAUCAACAUUUAGUAUGUGCUGUUCAAAAGAAUUUCAAAAUCAACAAUGUUUAGAUGGUAGAUAUGCAGCUAAAAAUGGUGGUAAUUGUGAUGUUGUUAAUAAAUUAGAUAUAACAACAUCAUAUACAAAUUGCUGUAAAGCAUGUCAAAUUGGUUUAGCUGUUGCAGCUGGUGAUUAUAAUUGUACAUCAUCAAGAUUUGCAUAUUUUCAAAAAGAAGAAUCAUUUUUAAUUUGUUGUAAUGAGAUGACUAAUGAAAAUCUUCAAAAACAACAACAACAGCAACAACAACAUCACCAACAUCAGCAACAACAGCAAAAUCAACAUCAAAUUAAUCAUCAACAUAAUAUAAAUGGUGAUAGUAUUGAUAAUGAUGAUGGAACUUUUGUACUAAGUGAAUCUGAAGAUAUAUGUACGAAAUUUAAUAAACAAUUAUGUUCGCAUAUAUGCGAAAAUACAAAAGAAUCAUAUGUAUGUAAAUGUCAUAAAGGUUAUAAAUUGGAUAAUAAUAGAGUGACAUGUAGUAAAAUUAAUGAUGAUGAUAAUGAUGAUGAUAAUAUCGAUAAUAAUCAUAAUAGAAAUAAUCAUAACAAUAAUAAUAACAAUAGUAAUGUGUAUAAUAGUGAUGAUAAUGUAGAUGAUAUUGAUGAUGAUGCUGAUGAUGAUGAUGACGAUGAUUUAGAUAAUAUCGAAGAAAAUCCCGAUACAAAUUUUGAGAAUGAUAAUUCUUGUCCUACAGGAUAUUCCAGAAGUGAAAUAACUGGCGAUUGUGAGGAUAUUGAUGAAUGCAAUUCACGGUUUAAUAUUAAAUGUAAUUCAAAUCAAUAUUGUUUUAAUACAAUCGGAAGUUAUAAAUGUAUGGAUAUUAAACCGACAACAUGUCAAGAUGGUUACAGAUUUAAUGCUAAAACAGAAGAAUGUGAAGAUUAUGAUGAAUGUGAAGAUAAUCUUUGCGAACAAGGAUAUAUAUGUAUUAAUUUACCAGGAAGUUAUGAUUGUCAAAGGGCUAUCACUUCAUCACAUAUAUCAUCAUUAAAUGAUGGCAGUAAUAUUCGACAGAAAUCCAUAAGUGGAACAUGUGGAUUUGGUUAUAUUUAUAAACAUAAUAAAUGUAUAGACAUUGAUGAGUGCUUAACAGAUAAGAAUGCAUGUGAUACAAAUCAGAUUUGCACAAACGAAAAUGGUGGUUAUCGAUGCGAUUGUAAAAUUGGUUUUAAAAUGGAUUCUACCCUAAAUGCUUGUGUUGAUAUAAAUGAAUGUCAAAUAAAUAAUCAUAAUUGUUUACCAACGCAACGUUGCGAUAAUACAAUUGGUUCGUAUACUUGCAUACGUUUACAAAACUGUGGUACCGGGUAUACAUUGAAUGCGGAGACCGGUACUUGUGAUGAUGACAAUGAAUGUGAAUUAAAUUCACAUGAUUGCCCGCCUGGUUACGAAUGCCGUAAUACAAUUGGUUCAUUUCGUUGUGACAGAAAACGUCAUACAACAUCACGAUAUACACUUUAUCAAAGACGUUUAACAACAGUUCGUCCAACAACAAUAUCACAACAAUCAACAACAACUUCAUCUAUAUUAUCAUCAACAUUGUCAUCAUCACAUGAAAAUAUUCCAACAACAUUAACAACAACAACUACUACAUCACCACCAAAUAGAUUUAUAAGACCAUAUUACGUACCGGUAAAACCUCCUCCAUCCGAUUUUGCAACUGCAGAUACAAAUUUAACAACAACAACUACAACAUCAACUACAACAACAACAAUGCCGUCAACAAUACCUUCUGCUUCACAAAAACAAUUAUAUUCUGAUAAUCAAAUACAGCACAAUUCAUAUUAUACACCAUCAUUAAGAUCUCCGACACAAUCUGCUAAUUCUUAUUAUAAUCAGUUACCUCACAGAUAUCAUGUCGAACCAGAGGAUAAACAAUCACAACAAAAUCAGCAGCUAUAUCAACAGAAUUAUCAAUCAACACAAUACACUGAGCACCAAUGUAAUAGAGGAUUCCAGAAAAAUUAUAAAGGAGCAUGUGUCGAUAUUGAUGAGUGCCAAAUACAUGGAUCAUGUGCAUCACACCAAAGAUGUAUAAACACAAAUGGGUCAUAUCGAUGUCAAAAUCUUCUUCAAUGUUCUGGUGGUUAUAAAGCAUCAAUGGAUGGAACAUCAUGUGUUGACAUUGAUGAAUGUGUUACUGGGGAGCAUAAUUGUGGACCAGAUCAAAUAUGUCGUAAUCGUAUCGGUGGAUAUAUCUGUUCAUGUCCAAUUGGUCAUACAUUAAAUAAUGACAAUCGUUGUAUUGAUAUUAAUGAAUGUGAACAUCAAGUAUGUCCAAUGAAUUCAAAUUGUAUUAAUACAAUUGGUUCAUAUGUUUGCGAUUGUAAAGAAGGUUUUAAAAAAUUAAAUGAUCGUGAUAAUAUAUGUCAUGAUAUUGAUGAAUGCCAAGAUAUACAAGGAUUAUGUGAACAAAAAUGUAUUAAUUUUUGGGGAUCAUAUCGUUGUGCAUGUAAUCCUGGUUAUGAAUUAAAUAUAUAUAAUAAUAGAUCAUGUGAUGAUAUUGAUGAAUGUGAAGUACAUAAAAAAUAUCAGUUAUGCACUGGUAUAUGUAAUAAUGUACAAGGUUCAUAUGAAUGCUCUUGCCCAGACGGUUAUGAAUUGGGAACUGAUAAAAAUUCAUGCCGUGAUAUUGAUGAAUGUCAAACAUUAAAUAUAUGUCAAGACAGAAAUGAAAUUUGUACAAAUACAAGAGGAGGUUAUAAAUGUACAUAUAUAAAUUGUCCAGAUGGUUAUACCAAUGAUAUUGAUCAAAAAAAUCGAUGUCGUCUUAUAAAUAAUUUAUGUGAAGGAGAUGAAUGUUACAAUAAACCAACUUCAUAUACAUAUAAUUUUAUAACAUUAGUAUCAAAUAUGAUGAUACCACCACAGGGUCGUACAUUUUUCAGUUUAAGAGGUCCAGCAUGGUAUGAAAAUAUUGAUUUUGAACUGAAACUAGUUGAUGUUCAGUCACCAUUUGAUGUUGAAAAAGCAACAAUGAAACAUUUUUCUACAACACAAAUGCGUAAUCAGGUUCAAUUGAAUUUAUUAAGAAGUUUAGAAGGGCCACAAGAAAUUGAAUUGGAAUUAAGUAUGACCGUAUUUAUGAAUGGCCAACCAAGAGGAAAAAGUAUUGCUAAAGUAUUCAUAAUUGUGUCACAAUACACAUUUUGAGUAAAAAGAAAUGGGAGCAGAUUCAAUUAAUAUCCAGAAUGAAAUAAUUAAUUCUCUACCAACUUACCAAACAUGUUUAAUUUUUUUUUUGCUAUACAUUUACACAUUAAAAAUGCAUUUAAAUAAGAAAAACUGAGAAAUAUAAAAGAAAAGUAUUAAUAUUGAAAA